GCUCGGCGGUGUUGCUUCACUCGCGAGAAAGCUCCUUCGGGACUGUGUUGUGGCGGGCAAUGUUUACAUCCAAAGGCGUGUUUAACAACUCUUUUGAAAUGUUCUCUGCUGUUUUGUUACUGAUCAUUGGCAUACAUGGAAGUUCCGCAGCCAUGACAUGCAGCAGGGAGGGCUUUUUUGGUCAAACAGAAUUUAUGACCUGUCCCCAGAAAGAAGGCUCGCCUAAUGAGUAUUGUUGUGGUACAAAGGAAAAUCGAUAUUGCUGUGACACACCUUUUGGAAUCGAUGAAGAAGUUCUGAAAGAAUUUGCUGAGAGAGAACCAAAGGCUUUGGCUCAGGUCCAACCUAACCCAGUGGUGCCCAAGACCAUCGAAGACCGAGAAGGUGUCCGCUCUACUGUGGAUCGCAUCAAAACCAAGCUAAAUGAUACAGUUCAUUCAGCUAAGGAUAAAAUUAACCCUAAAGUAGGAAUUACAAAAGUCAAAGAUAAAGUUAAGGACAAGGUGAAACAAAAGGCUGAAGAAAAGGCUGUUAAAAAGCUGGAUCCAACAGGAGGGCACAUUAAGUCGUAAGUGUUCAGUGUUUGU